GGUUCACCAAAUGAAAUAAAUAAAAUUCUUCACAUUCCAACGUGGAACUCCUGUGUAAACGAGCUCAGACAGGGUUAAUGAUAGCAGUGUUUGAAAGGAUGCUCACACACACACACACCCACACACACACACACAUACGACACACUGAGCUCAAACCACAGAACUCUCAGACGUGACUGAAACACCACAGAGAUGUGAGGAAACGCUGCUGCAGCUCAAAGUCACACUUCCUGCUUGAAGCUCAUCAGGUGAGAGCUGACCUCAAACUGAGUCAUCAUGGCUUCGUUGUUGGGUGUAGCCCUGCUCGUUUUGGCUCUACCAGGCCCCACCGUGGCCUUUGCUCCGAUCGGGGGAGGGGCAUCCACCCAUGAGUCUAUUACAAAAAUGGCUCUUAUGAAAGUAAUCGAAGAGACGUGUAGGAUAAUGGUUGAGGAAACUGGCGAGGUUUUCAACCCCACGGGUCCAUCUCAGCAGGAGCUCAUCCAAGCUUGUUUAGGUCCCACAGCAAAAGGAGAAGUGUCUGGUGCCAAAUUUCGCUCUGCUCUUAGAGAGAUCACGCUCCAGAAUGGGCUGAUAGACAUGGACUUUGUCAACAGUGCUCCACAUCACUUCCACUCUGAAGCCUUCUUGGAGGGCCGUGGCCUCAUCAUGGAGGGCAUGUUGGCGAUUAAGGCUAACAUCCGAGAGGAUAACUUCAAGGCUGCUAGGGAAACACUGGGCAGAAUCCUUCAUACAUUACAGGACUUCUACAGUCACAGUAACUGGGUGGAGCUGGGAUACACAGAGCCAUAUAUCAACCUCAUACGACCAGACCUCCCUCUGGAAAAUCUGGCAAAUGUGAACACUCCCACCUGCAGCGACUGUGCAAGCAAAACAUGCCAGAAUCAGAUCCUCCCCGAUAUUCUGAUGGAGAAAAAACUCACAUCAGGCUACAUGGGAAUCUUCUCUUCUGCAAAACCUGAAGGUAAGUGCAGCCAUGGAGGUGAAGAAGAUCUUACCAGCGCCAAAGUUCCUCGAGGAGGCAUCAGCAAAGAUGAGCGUCGCUCAGACAAUGUGGCUCUCCAUGAAGCUGCUAUAAAAACCGCCACAGCUGCCAGCAUCCAGCUGUUGGAGGACAUCCGCUCAGCCGCAGGAGACCGGAACUUUCUAAGGAUGAUGGGGAUUGCUCGCUCAUCUGUGUUGUCCUUUGUGAUUGACACCACGGGCAGCAUGUCAGACGACAUAGAAGAAGCUAGAUCGGUGUGCAGUGAAAUCAUUGACAGCAAAAAAGGAACGCAGGAUGAGCCUUCCGAGUAUAUCCUUGUGCCUUUCAAUGAUCCAGAUUUUGGACCUCUGAUCAGGACAACUGACCCUGAAAAAAUGAAAACUGAAAUCUCUAAGCUCAAAGCAAAUGGUGGAGGGGAUGAUCCAGAGAUGUGCCUCUCAGGACUUCAGUUGGCUCUCACUGGUGCCCCUCCCUCAUCUGAAAUCUAUGUUUUCACUGAUGCUCUCGCCAAAGACAUUGCCCUGAAGGACACUAUAUUUGCUCUCAUGAGAAGCUCCAAGUCAACGGUGUCGUUCUUUCUGACUGCAGUCUUCAGAAGGCGUCGUCGUUCUAUCUUAACUGCUUCUUUUAGAGACUACCAGGACUUAGCUUUGGCAUCUGGAGGCCAGGCCAUCCAGGUGUCCAAGGCCCAGCUGUCUCAGGCCACAGACAUUAUUCUUGACACGUCAACUUCAGCCCUGGUGACAGUACUUCAGCGAGCAAGGAGCAGUGGUAGUGCAGAGACAUUCCCCUUCAUGCUGGAUGAAUCACUGAAAAAUAUCACAAUCUACAUUACGGGAACAUCCGUAACUUUUACACUGACAAACCCUGCAGGAGUGAGCCAGAAUCAGAAUGAGGCCAAUGGUAAACUGGGGACUAUUAAGACAGUGGGAAACCUCUGGAGAAUCCGUCUCAACUCUGACAAGCAGUCAGGAACCUGGCAGAUCAACAUCAACUCCAAUCAGCUGUACACACUCAAAGUCACAGGCCAAAGCAUCAUUACAUUUAUUUACGAUUUUGUGGAAAAAUUUGGAGGACCCCACCCAGGUUAUGCUGUAGUCAGUGGACGUCCGCCAGCAGGACAGCCUGUCACCCUGAUGCUCUCAGUAAUUGGCAGAAAAGGACCGUCUUCAAUAACUGUUAAAGAAGUCGGUUUGGUAAUUGUGUCUGGUCCUGAGGCUGUAACCAACGGAAAAAUCACUGACACGGGUGAUGGAGACAUCCUGGUCACUGUUGAUGCGGUUCCUGAGGGGGAGUUUGUGGUUGUUCUGAAAGGAACAGACAAAGUGUCAAACAGUGAAUUUCAGAGGCAGUCAACCACCCAGAUGUCUGUCUCCAAAGUGGAUAUUCAGGCUGUGGUGGACAGCAGUGUGGAGCCAGGAAAAACAUUUAAGCUCCCCAUCAGUGUGAUGACACAGGGUUCUGGUGGUACAUACACCAUCAAUGCCAGGAAUGACAGAAACUUUCCCAUGACGUCCCAAAAGACCCUCACCCUGACGACUGGACAAGCUGCCAACGAUACAUUGUUCAUCACUGCACCUGCCAGCACGCAGUCAGGCACUGAUGUCACUCUGACCAUUGAAGCCAAGUCGUCCAGUGGUGCAGACUCCAAUUAUGUCGUAUUGAGAUUGUCUGUGGUCACCAAGAUCACAGAUUUUUAUCAGCCGCAGUGUGAAGUGUAUGGAGUACUGGCAGAUGACUGCCCUAAAGAUUUGUCCCAGUGUGGACCCUUCCACUGGGGGCUCUCGGCUAACCUGACAGAUGGAAAUGGCACCGGGAUAGAGAGCAUUGCUCUACGUCAGGGCAACGGGACCCUGACGCACUCCUCACUGCAGGCUCCCAUCAUCCAAGCUCAAUACAACGCCUCCUGCUGCUCACGGAUCGUUGAGUUUAUAGCUGUGGAUAAAGUUGGAAAUGUGGGCAAAUGCUAUCGUUCAAUUGCUCCUGCAGGAGGGUCUCCGGUUCUAAGCCUGUCACUGCCGCUGUGGCUCUGCCUGCUGCUGUCAGCCUUCGCAGGAAGGCCUUGAAUUAUCACUGAACCGAGUCUUUUUUAGAUUAAGAUAUAUGAUCUUGAAAGAAAACUUUUAGCUGGUGACA